AUGAGUCAACCCGAUGCACAGGACAUCGCAAAGAUUUCGAGACCAGCAGGGCUUGCUUGGCGAUGUUCUGUCUGGUUCAUUACUAUAGUCGUCGCAUUAGGUGUUGCCACAGAUACUCUAAUCUACACGCUGAUCGUCCCUGUCGUUCCAUUCCGCUUGGAGGAGCUCGGAUACAGCGGUGUAUCUGGUCUCGUUGGCUGGCUUUUAUUUGCAUAUUCCGCAGGUCUUGUCGCAUUCACACCCCCAAUCGCUUUUCUGUCGGAGCGUUAUAGUGUGCGACAAGCACCACUGUUAUGCGGGCAAAUAGCUUUGAUUGGUGCCCUAAUAAUGAUGAUGGAGGCCUCGCGAUAUUGGCUUAUGAUUUUGGCUCGAUUGUUACAGGGGAUCAGCUCUUCUGUCAUCUGGGUCGCAGGGUUGGCUUUACUAUGCGACACUGCCCCGGAGGAAUCAGUGGGAACAAAGCUCGGCAUUGCCUUGAGUGGCUUGUCCAUUGGCGCGCUGGUCGGGCCGCCAGUGGCAGGUGCUCUCUACGACGCCUUCGGAUAUAGGGCGCCGUUCAUCUUCGGCAUUAUUAUCACCAUGCUUGACCUGAUUGGCCGCCUGUUGAUCAUCGAGCGCAAGCAAGCGAUUCUUUACGGGGUGGACCCCGCAGUAAGCAGAAGUGCUGCUUCCAAGCCUGAGGAGAUUCAGAUGCAGGACUUGGUCGUUCGGCAUAACGACGGCGCUGCAACUCUCACACAACCUUCAGAUAAGCAAGAGAUUCAAGAGAUUCAAAGGGAGUUUGAGGAUUCCCGAGAUGUGCAAUCUGCCGCUGCAGAAGCCGCUCCCGUAGAGAAUGAAAACGAAAUAGAGGACUCGGCACCGGCUUUCGCCCAUCGGAUAUCCUUAGUAGGAGUAUUGGUUAAGCUCUUCACGUCUUCGAGAGCCAUUGCGGUUUGCAUCAGCACGCUAGUAUAUGGAAUGAUCUUGACCAGCGAAGAACCAGCCCUUCCGCUGUAUAUGAACGCCGUUUGGGGUCUUGACUCCGCCAAGGUUGGCCUCGUGUACAUCGCGGCCGUGGUACCCACUCUGUUCUCUUCGACGAUCGCCGGUUGGUUGGUGGACAAGAAGGGAACGGGGGCUAUCACCGUCGUUUCGGUUCUCUUCUCCUUGCCAUGGGUUGUUCUACUCAUCAUCAAGAAGGCGCUCGCCUUUUUCAUCGUGAUAUUUGCACUCGCCAAUUUUGGCGUUUCAGCGAUAGUGUCUGCGCUCACAGCAGAGCUCGCAGACGUCACGAAACGCCUCGACGGCGUUGGUUAUGCGCAUGUGUAUGGGGCUUUCAAUUUGGCAUACGGGGUGGGUUCUGCGUUAGGACCCAUUAUCGGCGGUCAGCUCUAUGACCAUCUUCGUAAAGGAUGGAUGGCCAUAUGCCUGUUCGGUAUGGGUAUCGCUGUCGUUGCUAUGUCAUUAGCCUUCUGCUUCUUCGGUGACAAGCCGUUGCUCAGGCAGGUCUUGGACCGAAUGAAAAAAAGUGUCAAUACAUCGUCCGCGUGA